GACCUGUUACAACUCUGGAAGUGGUGUUAAAAUAAUAUGUAAUGACUGUUUAAAUUUUAUCUGUGCGUACAGUAGGAAUGAUUAUCUGAGCCACUGGAAUAACCAAGGUCAAUUUUUUACCUCUUACAAAGAACGUAAAAAAUUAUGCUGAAGAUACCAGUUCUGUUUUGAUGGACACAGAACACUGGUGUAACAAUGUACUGCGUUGUUUCCAUGGCUCUACUGGCCUUAUGUGUUAGUUUAAACAGUAAUGGUAUGAGGUUAGGUCUAAAUUGAGGCAUGGAAAAGUGAAUGCAAGGACUGCCCUCUGUAGAGUAGAGGCUCAAGUUGUAAAUAUUUAAUGGCAACAAAGUUACAUGGCGCAGCCUUACGUCGAUUCCUGGGGAGCAAGAACAGCAACAGGACAAUGGCAAGUCGAAUGCAGGGGGCUAGUGCAAGUUAUUGUGAUUGUCCUGUGUGUGGAGCAAGAGUGGAAGUACUGAAUGGUGAUGUUCGUUUUUCUAUGCAAAUACAUUUACAGUCCCACAAAACAGAAGAAACAAUUCUUCAAGAUAUCAAUAGAAAUUUGAGAAUUUCUCAAGCAUCGACACCUCAAACUUCUAAUUAUGCCUGUCCUGAUUGUAAGGAAAACAUUGAAAUUCUCAACAACGAUGUGGCAUUUUCUCUUAAGAUUCAUGCUAAAAAACAUAAAUCUCCAGAUUUGGGCAUUUCUGAGGAUCAGCGAUCAACUGCAAGUGAUUCAAGUCGAAAAUCUGUCAAGAAGUUGGAGAAAAGUAAAAAAUGUGAAGAUCCUAAUUUUCUAGAUAUGCUUUUUAGCACAAUGCCACCUGGUCUAAAAUCUCAUAGGGGAUAUUUUUUUGAAAAUGAAAUUGGGAAGGUAAUAUGUUCAGUAUGUAAAAUAACUGUUGAACCGAAAUUAAGUAUAAGUGAGCAUUUAAAAACCAAAGCACACGAAGAUAAAACUAUUUGUCUAUUAAAAGAAAAACUACCUGUUAAUCUACAUGAAAAUCUGGAAUUUAUUUCUUUUUAUGGUUCAAAUUUGUGUUGUAAUCUUUGUAGGUGCAAAAUUGAUCUGUGCUCUACAAAUCCAUAUGAAACUAUUGUCAAUAUCAUUGUGCACAAUUCUAGCACGGACCAUCCAAAAAGAAAGAUUGAUAUGAAUGGUCAGAUAGAUGCUGAUCUAGUUUUUAAUUCUCUUGCCCGUUUGAACCCUCUGAUUAAUGAAAAUAAACACAUGAUCAGUUAUACAGUUUUUCGACAGUUUAAAUGUACUGUAUGUGAUAAGAACAUUGGACAUCAUGAGAAUGAAAAAGAGCAAAUAAAAAAUCUUUGUUGCCCAUUUUAGUUCCUCAGCCCAUAGCAAGUGUGUUUUAUACAGAGAAAUUGUAGAUUCAUUUAAUGCUCUGUAUCCUGGAGAAAAAGCUCAUAAAUUUACUGUUUCAAAAAGGUGGUAUUUUCUGCAUUACUUGCAAUUGCACUUUUGGUGAGACAAACUUGGAUAAUCUGAUUUUACAUUCAAAACAAAGCCCUCAGAAUAUAUGUCUGGAUCCAACAAAAAUCCCAUUAAAUACUCCAUCAGCACCUUUACUGUAAUCCUGUAUUUCCUUCUACAUCACAGGAAAGUUCAGUUAACAAGGACAAAUUUGUUAAUAUGUCAACAUUAACUUCAUUGGAAACAACUAAAAGAGAAUUUAAUUUAAGUUCUCUUUUAAAUACAUUGCCAAACCAGUUUAAAAAUGUCAGUUACAUUGUAGAAAAUGACAAAGGACAACUGACAUGUCAAAUUUGUAAGUGUACAAUACCGGCAUCGACAUAUAAUCUCAAAACCCACCUUCUAGGAAACAAACACAAAAAUAAUGAAGAUAAGUCAGGUGUUGCAAAUGAUCAGAAGAAAUUGAACAUAGAUAAUGGAAAGUUAAACCAAAACAUUAAAGAUCUUUUCAAUUUACUUCCCCGCCUCUAUGCAACUAAAUAUUGGUUUUGUGAAAAUGGUUCCCAAUGAUAUGAAACAAAUACUUUGCUCCGUUUGUAACUGUAAGAUAUCUGUCAGCUGUUUGAAUUUCCAGGAACACUUUGGAGGUUCACAACAUGUUUCAUCAGUAAAGAAAUUCCUAGAGGGGAAAGCCAUUCAAGUAGUAGAAACCGUAUCACCUGGAGACGAAGACAUUAUUUUCAAUAAAAUAAUAAAAUCAGAUAAAAUUCUCAAGAGUUUUGCAAAAUUUUUGGAGAAGAAAGAUGAUUUGUAUUACUUUUGUAAACUAUGUAAGAUCACCAUACAACGAUCAAAUGAUGAACAGAUAUUGAAAAGGAACUUAACAAGCCAUGCCACAGGACAAAAACACAAAAAAAGUUUGCUAAAAUAUCUUGAUGAGAUAUAUCAAAAGCUGAUGUUAUCAAAUGCAAUUAUUUUAACCAACAGUGCUUAUUUAAAAAGAAACGAUGACACCUUUUUCUGUAGCCUGUGUGGAUCUUCAAUCCCAUCGUCAGCAGAAGAAGAAACCCUAGAGAAGUCUUUAAUAUCACAUUUAACUGGAAACAAACAUAUUGCAAAAAAGACAAAGCUUUUGGAACCUGACUCUACUCCUGCUUCUUUUAAUGUUGAUAUGUCGCAGAAAGUAGGUUCCAAAGAUGUGAUCAUGGAAUGUUUUAAAACACUACCACUCAGUUAUCAAGGUGAUGCCCAAUACAUUGCAAGGAGUUCAAUUGAGGGUUAUUUUUCAUGCAAGUUGUGUGAAGGCAUAAUCAAUCCUCGUUACUUGCGAGAGCACCUUGAUGAUGAAAACCACAUUCUAAAGAAAAUAAGCAGCACUACAGAUUUGAUCACUUUCUAACCUUGCAUGUUUUAAAAAUAACUUACUAUUAUCAUAUGUAUACAUAGAUAUUUUUAUGUUAAUGUAAACCGAACAUUUAUGAACAACUGAUUUGUAUUUCAUAUCAGGUAUGUUUUCUCCGGAACGGUGGAGUUUGGAAUGGAAUGUAUCAGACGUAAAACACUUUUUGUGAGGGAGGCUAUAUUGAUAUCCUCCCACUCUGGGUAUGCUAUUGAUUAACUGUGUAGGCAUGAUAUAAAUUGUUAUUUUAAAAAUAAAAAAAAAAAACUUUAUUCUGGGGAAUAAGCGAGUUCACAUAUUAAGAUUCACAUGACAUUAGUAUAAUUCUGUUAUCUUAUUCUUACAGCAUAUUCCUUAAAAUUCUGCUCAAUAAAUUGCAGGACAUUCUUUGGUAUAUUGAGUUAUGUAAUAAUUACUGGAGAUUUUUUUAUGGUGUAACAUACUUAAGUUAAUCCACCAUUAUGUACAUUUUCUGAUACCGUUGUCUAGAUUCUUCCAUUCCAAUAAUGUUUCAAAUAUAUAUGUUCAUUUUAUCUUAAAUACUUAUAUUUCCUACUUUGGUUGUGUUAAUCGUAGAGUUAAGAAAAAAUUCAAUAAAUAUAUUUAGGUAGGAUUAAACUUUUGUAUGAUGCUACCAUAUUACAUUUUUAGUAUCAGGACACUAUUUUGUACAAAAUGACGAAGGAUAAAAAAAUUUAAGUUGUUAGAAGUUUUUUCCUGUUUUGCUUUUAAUUCUAAAGUUGUAUUAGUUUUAACGGUAUUGAUAAAAUAGUGUCAGUUUAACAUAUUUAUGGAUAAAUGGUGCAAAAAUACAAGCAAAUCUUUAUUGGCCUGUGAGAGUUAAACCAAAGACUUCUCAAGAACCUUUAGGCCUGCCCCAAGGCUAGAGAAAAUUUAAGUUUAUUGUGUUCUUCAGUUGAACUGAUAAUUAAAACAUACAACUUUGUUAUGUAAAAGUAAUAAAGGAUUUAGUUCAUUAUUGUUAAUGAUUAUGUUAACAUAUUCAUUGCGGUAUGAGUCACCGAUGACCUGUAGUAUGCUUUUAGUUUAGAACCCUACUGGUAAUCUCCAAACGUCAUAUAUUCUGUCAUGGGUUGUUCAUGCUGCAUAUGAGUAUUUUGCUUACAAAGUUAUUUCUCACGUACAGAAUAUGUUGCCCGUGACUCAGAAAUUUGCAGCUGUUUCCUUUAUUUGUGCCAA